AUGUCGGGAGCUAUCUUUGCGCCCCUGGAGGGCCUGGGCGCCCUGGACGCUGCGAGCGGCCACCCGCUGGUGUGCCCGCUGUGCCACGCACAGUUCGAGCGCCCGUGCCUGCUGGACUGCUUCCACGACUUCUGCGCCGGCUGCCUGCGCGGCCGCGCCACCGAUGGCCGCCUCGCCUGCCCGCUGUGCCAACACCAGACGGUGGUGAAGGGCCCCAGCGGGCUCCCUCCAGUGGAUCGGCUGCUGCAGUUCCUGGUGGACAGCUCAGGGGAUGGCACGGAGGUGGUGCACUGUGCCAACUGUGACCUGGAGUGCAGCAAGCAGGCAGGGAUGCCUGGGGGUCCCACUGCUACCCGGGGAGCUGUCUGCAGCUACCUGCAGCCCAAGGGGAACCUCGUGGUGACUCCAGAUGCCCAGGGUGGGCACUGUCAUUUCGCCACUAUUGAGGGUGCCAAGGAGGGCUUGAAAAGCCUUCAGGCCGUGGGCAGGCUGAGGCUGCGCUCGGUCCUCCGUCCUCAGGAUGCAGAGACCACGUACUUCUGCAACACGUGCGGGCAGCCGCUGUGCGCGCGCUGCCGCGAUGAAACGCACCGGGCACGCAUGUUCGCGCGCCACGACAUCGUGGCCCUGGGCCAGCGCAGCCGCGACGUGCUCCAGAAGUGCACGCUGCACGCGGAGCCCUACAUCAUGUUCUCCACCGACAAGAAGUCGCUGCUGUGCAUCCGCUGCUUCCGGGACAUGCAGGGGGAGAGCCGGGCGCACUGCGUGGACCUCGAGUCAGCCUACGUGCAGGGCUGCGAGCGGCUGGAGCAGGCGGUGCUGGCCGUGAAGGCCCUGCAGACGGCCACACGCGAGGCCAUCGCGCGGCUGCAGGCGAUGGUGGAGGAGGUGCGGCGCAGCGCGGCGGAGGAGGAGGCCGCCAUCCAUGCCCUCUUCGGCAGCAUGCAGGACAAACUGGCAGAAAGGAAAACGCUGUUGCUGCAGGCUGUGCAGAGCCAAUACGAAGAGAAGGACAAGGCCUUCAAGGAGCAGCUCUCCCACCUGGCCACUCUGUUGCCCACCCUGCAGGUUCACCUGGUCAUCUGCUCUUCCUUCCUCAGCCUGGCCAAUAAGGCUGAGUUUCUGGACCUGGGCUAUGAGCUGAUGGAGAGGCUGCAGGGCAUCGUCACACGUCCCCAGCACCUCGGGCCAGCGCAGAACAGCAAGAUCACCAGCGACCACCGCGCCGAGUUUGCACGCUGCCUGGAGCCGCUGCUGCUGCCGGGGCCCCACCGGGCGACAGGUGCCGGGGGCGGCACCAACACACUAGCAGCAAGCUCAGGCCCCAAGGUGCUGAUGGGGCCCAGCUGCCCUUCCCCAGUGGGAAAGAUGGUGGGGUCGUCGGUCCAAAAGCCCACGCUGCACCGGUCCAUCAGCACCAAGGUGCUGCUGGCGGAGGGGGAGGAUACACCGUUCACAGAGCACUGCUGCCACUAUGAGGACUCCUACCGGCGCCUGCAGGCAGAGAUGCAGACCCUGAAGGACCAGGUACAAGAGUUGCACCGGGACCUCACCAAGCACCACUCGCUCAUCAAGGCAGAGAUCAUGGGAGACAUCCUGCACAAGUCGCUGCAGGUGGACGCGCAGAUUGCCUCGGAGUACGCUUCCCUGGAGGGGAUGAGAGCAGUCUUCCAGGAGAUUUGGGAGGAAUCCUACCAGCGGGUGGCUAAUGAGCAGGAGAUUUACGAAGCCCAGCUCCAUGACCUUCUUCAGCUGAAGCAGGAGAAUGCCUACCUGACCACCAUCACCAAGCAGAUCACGCCCUACGUCCGCUCCAUUGCCAAGGUGAAGGAGCGGCUGGAGCCCAGGCUUCAGGCGCCAGUGGACGAACAGUCGGAGCACCUACAAAACACGCGUGAUGACAGCACCGACAGUGAGACUCAGGCCAGGAAUGACCCGGUGAGUGUCACAGAGAAGAGAGAGAAAACAUCAGAACCUAGAGGGAACGGCCGGACUCUGAACAGCCUCACAGAAGAGCCUCCACUGAAGAAUAAAGACCCUCAUAAACCCAGACAGAAGAACGGGGGUGAUAUCCCCACACGGAGAGAGCGCCCGACUUAGCAAAUGGGACUGGUCCUGAGGGGUGGGUAUUUUACAGCCUGCACAUCAAGACUGGGAUAUUUAAGAAAAGGUUGUUCCCAUCAUGAAACAAAGGGUAAUCACUAAACAGCAGAAGACCCCAGAAACUCUGACAGGUCCUCAUUUCCGAUUCUUUGGCCUGAGCUGAGAGCUUCACUCUUCCCUGUGUUCGCACUGCACAAAGUCUUGGUCCCCAUCACGCGGCUGCAGACGGCAUCCCGGUCCAUGUGGAAAAGCCCUUCGCUGCUCUGGCGUCUGCAUGCGGGGCCCCGCACUCCAUCAGCCCGCACCAGUCCGAACUUGAGACAGGGAGACUCCAGCACUGUGCAGCACUGGCCCUGCUGGUUCCACCCAGCAACCUGAGCACAGACUCAGCAGAGACGAAACCCCACUCCGGUCUCCUUUCACACAAGGACUGAGCUCACGGAGCAAAGCAGCAGCCGGUGGCAUGUGUGGCAGGAGAUGGUCACAACUUCUCCACAACUUUUUCUCGCUUUUCCAGUUGCCCUUUCUGUCAGGUGGAAUGUCACAAAUGCUUAAAAAGGAAAAUUAACCCAGAUGACCGAAAAUUUAAAGUUUUGGAGGUAAAAUGUCCACACAGCCACAUUUUAAGCAGAUACCCAGCUUAUUCAGUGGUUCCAACAGCAAAUGGCUUCCACAUGCCAGGGAGACCAGCACAUCAACACACGAAAACAUCACAUCAAUAUCCAACACCUCUGCACCUGUUUUGGAGCAUGGACACUCAUUCCGGAGCAUCACAAACCCUUGGGAGCCUAACGGGCAGGAGGAACUUGUCAUAACGAACUGGUUAGAGAUUAGCAUUCAGAACUGAAUUGAGUGGGCAAAAUACAUCUGGUUUUAUGCUGUAGGUCCCAGACAUUUCUUAGUCAGAGGUGUCAUGAUUACGUCCCACACAAUCACGCUAUGGUUCAUAGUGAAAUCAAGUACAGUUUUAUUUAAGAAUUGGAAAGAAUAUUCAGUAUCUGUGAAAGAAAAUCCAAUUUAAAAUAUUUAAAUAAACAUUUCUGCAUGUAAAAAGACGAGUAGAAUAAUUACUCCAUUAAAUUACUCUCCUAGCUACGGGACGGCUUCCUCUAGAGCAAGCGCUUGGGACCACCCGUGACAGCUGGCCCUCCAAGCCCAGGGCAAGGCAUCAAGUCUCACAGCAGGGCGCAGACAGCAAGCCUCUCCUACCAACCUCAUCAAGUCACUACAGAAGCAAGAUGUGGUGGGAGAUCACAACUAUCUAAGGCAGUAAGAAAGUGCAGAGGAGGGACAGUGGUUUACUGUACCUAUGACAGAGUGACUGCUACCAGAAUGAGCUUGAGCUACGGCCGACCCUCCGGAGCCUAAGCUAUUAACACACGUAUUGGUUUAGGAAUAUUCCCCUAUCAUGUCAAUCACUCAGUGUUAAAUAAAUGGAAGGGAUUAAUAAAGUUUAGUCUUUAGGCUCAAGAAGCAGUUCCUACAAAUGAUGAAGGGACAGUGGGGUAUGCUGUCUUUCGCUUUCAGCCAGGCUCCUGCUACUUACUACCUCUUUUCUGUAAACUGCUAUUCUUAGCCAUAGCCUGCAAAUCCUCAUAGAAUGUUUCAUUUUACGCUGCUUCAAAGUAGCUUUGUUCUGUGCAUUGCCUUUUCUCCAUUUAAGACUCUCCACUUUAAAACCUGCAAUGGAAAAAGUAAGUCAUCUCUUUUGACAGUUUCUUAAUUUAAGGGAACUGGUGAUGUGGCCUUUACCCAGAAAGCUUUUGGGAAUACCCAGAAAGCCUGUACUUCAUUAACCUGAUUCUCUGUCGUGUACACUGUCACUGCUAAAUUUAUAAAGUUAAAAAUAAUCUGAAAAUGUCAGUA